CCCUUCCGCUGCCCGCGAUGCGGCGACCACACCAGGUUCCGGAGCCUCUCCUCUCUGCGGGUGCACCUGGAGUACAGCCACAGCUACGAGGAGAGGAGCCUCCUGACCAAGAGCAGCCUGUUCUCACCCCUGAAAGACGCGGAGCUGCUCUCCCCGCCGGAGCCUGCGACCCAGGGCAGCCUGGGGAGCCCCGGCGCCGCCGUACAGGAAAAGGGGUCCUACCUGAAUUUUUGCGAUGCGUCCUGCGAGAGCGCGAAGCGCGGGCAGCCUCUGGAGGUGGAAGCGGAACGGCCCGUCUCCUUCGUCGCAAACUAUGUGCCGGCUGACUCGCCCAGCGAGCAGAUCGUUAAACCCGGCCUCCCGGCCGCUGACUCCAAGGCCUCCUUCGAGGCACACGUCAGAGAAAAGUUUAACAGGAUGGUAGAGGCCGUGGACAAAACGAUUGAGAAGCGAAUCGACAAGCUUACCAGAGAGCUGUCCCAGAAGACGGCGGAGCUGCUGGAGGUGCGGGCAGCUUUUGUGCAGCUGUCCCAGAAGAAGCAGGAGGUGCAGCGACGGGAGCGGGCCCUGAGCAGGCAGGUAGACGUGGCAGUGGAGAUGAUCGCAACCUUGAAGCAGCGGCUCACCGAGUCCGAGGAGGAGCUUCACCGGAAAGAGGAAGAAGUUGUUACUUUCAACCACUUCCUGGAAGAAGCAGCAGAAAAAGAAGUGCGGGGAAAAGCCAGGCUCCAGCACUUCAUUGAGAACCUGUUGCAGCGUGUGGAUCAGGCAGAAAGACAGCUAGAAUAUUACCAAAAUCAGCAGAUGAUGUGCAACCACACCAACGUCAGCGAGCACGUGUUUACAGGCAUUUCAUUAAAUAAGAAGCCCAGAUGCCUGAGCCGAGGAAGUCAACAUGCUUCGUAUAACACCCCUGAUGCAAAGCCUCAUUCCUUUCAAAAAGGAAGAAUUUUGUUGAAAAAAGCAAAGGAUGAAAAAGCAAGCUUGCAGCCUGUGAAAUGCUUCUAUGAACCUGUUGAUUGCCCAAGAGAAAUUUGGAGAGCACAAAAGAAAGGUGAACCAGUCUGCUCUGCCAGGAAAGCGAGUGCAAAAUCAAAGAUGGGUAAAAAGGCCAAACCGCUAUAG